UGAACCACACGCCAGUUGAUCUGGGGCUGUCGUGGUCCGUUUUUACAGUAACCAGUAUGUCACUCCGUCUCAUGUUUCUCGCUCUUCUGUUCGGAAUUAUAUCGUUGGUCAUCGGUUUGAAUCCAGCGAAGUCUAAGGAGGGUGAGCCAGGAACUAGAGGGUGCCCGAAUCCUCCUACGCAGGUGAACUUCAACCUUAACAAGUUUACUGGGAACUGGCAUGAACAUUUUACACUGAUACCUGCCAAAUCUUUCAGUCACGUUCCCCUGGAAUUUAAGUGUCCUACAACUGAAAUCGUCCUAUACCCAGGCAGCACCACAAACGGUAGCAUUCGGGUCAACUCCAUACAACGCAAGACCGGAUACAAGGCGGUUGUAAAUGGAAACAUUCUUACUCCUGACCCCAAAGAGCCAGCUAAGCUCGCUGUGAAGUUUUCUCCGGGAUCAGUACUUGCAAGCUAUUGGGUCCUAGCUACAGACUACUUGAGAUUUGCCCUGGUGUAUUCAUGCAGUCCAAAUCCUAUUGUUCCGGUCUAUUUUGAAGAGCAUAUAUCCGUGCUGACGAGAAAGACGGGGGAGUUACUCGGUUCGAUCCACUACACGAUCGAGAGGCUGACGGAGGCGCACUUCAAGGACAGAAAGCUCCGUACAGUGUUGUCAGAUCAGACAAGAUGUGGCACUGUGAAGCUCUCGAAAAAAACAUUUUUUUCAGAUAUAGUUUAAAGGUACUGUUAUAUCAAGCAAAAGUAUCAAGAAUUUUGCGUGGAAAUAUGUUUUGUGGUUAGUUUGUAAGAUUAAUUGCUGAUAAACAGCUAUUUGAUUGGUUUAUAUACCCAUUUAUCACGCCAUAAAUCGAACAAAUGUAUAAUAAAUGUAUAUAUAAUAAAACAUAUAUA